CGAUAAACGAAUUUGCUCGCGCUCUCUUUCUCUCUCAAAAGUUUCACUUUCGAACUAAGUUGGACAUGAGAGAUCUUCAGUAGCUGUUUACGCCGAUAAAAGCUCGGAAGGAGAAAAAAGCUCUUGGUCGCCUACAUUGUACAGCAUAUAGCACCAGCGUAGAUAUAAGUCGUAAAAACAAGUAUAUAGGAUGGAGGCUAAGUGUGCAUUGGUCGCAGCGGCGGGAGCUGAAUGAACGUACGAUAUUGGUGUGUAAAGUGGAAGGGGCACCUCGUUGCUUCUCGUACGCUCAUGGCAAGGUGCUCGGCACAGCGGAACGUGUAUUACGUACUUGGAUGUUUACACACAGAGAGCCUCCUCUCUGCUAUGGCGAGUAUAGCGCUCUCUCUCUCUCUCCUCUGAGAAAUAAAAAAACUUACGGAGUGGGGGAAGGCAUAGCAAGAGUAGUACUGGCGCGCGCGCUUGUUAUUGCGUAUGGAGUUUUAGUCGAGAGUGCCAAACAAACGUAGCGAGAUGUCGUCGGACGGCCAGCACUUUUCUCUGGUGUGGAACACCUUCCCGCGGAAUCUAUCCGCGGGCUUGUAUGACCUGCUCACAGGUGAACAAUUAGUCGAUGUAACUCUGGCUGCUGAGGGUCAAAUUCUUAGGGCCCACAAGCUCAUCCUUUCUGUUUGCAGCUCAUACUUUCGCGAGCUGUUCAAGGGGACCACGUGUAAACAUCCAAUAGUCAUACUCAAGGAUGUCAACUAUCGUGAUCUCUCGGCGAUGCUGCAGUUUAUGUAUCAAGGUGAGGUGAGCAUCAAACAAGAAGAUAUCGCCAGCUUUCUCAAAGUCGCCGAGAUACUCAAGAUCAAAGGACUCACCAGGAACCACGACGAUGAUCUUCAAGACGACACGGAAAAGGAUCUAGUUGAUGCACUACCUCUAAUCCAUCCGGAACGUACAAACAACAAUGUGACCUCACGAUCACCCACAGCGUACAAUGCAGAGCCAUUCUGCGACAUGCAAGUGUCAUGGAAUGCCUCGUCGCCGUGCCGGUGCACGCCAAAUACGCCAAAGGAAGAAAAGUCGUAUCGUGAACCAAAUGAGCCUUUAAUGACUGAUUCUAAUGUCAAUCCAACUGACCAUCAUCGACCUCCGGACGUUGACGAUGAUCAACCACUCGAUUGUUCAGCAAGUGUUUGCGAAGAUACGUCAAAGUCAACCAUCGAAUUUCCAGAGUACAAGCCAGAUUUGGGUUUAAUUAAUCCAGAAAUUCGGCAUUUGACGCCUGAAGUGGAAUGUAUACAGAGGACGACUGCACCACCGCCGAUCACGACGAUCCCGCAACCGGAACAAGAGAAUAUGGACACCAUGCUUAACCCUCAGCUGAUGCCCUAUGCUGCACCUCAAUGUCAGAGCGAACCAGUCGGUUUCCACGAGGCUACGGUAGAAGGGACAUGUACCGCAAAUGAUUACUCUUCCCAAGACCCGUCAUCAUCGUCGAGCAGUACUGCUCCCGCCGGCAAUAAAGGUCGCCGUACGAUCAAAGGUCUACCAGGUAGCAGCUUAUCUCUAGAAACAACACUGCGCUUUAUCUCUGAACUUGUUCCAAUAACGCGAAUGGAACGUGGCAAAGUUAUACAUAUGUACACGUGUCCCUGGUGCUUACGACACUUUACGCGGAGGGAAAAUCUCAAGCUACAUGUUAAAUACAUCCAUGGACCAUUGGAAAGUUUGACGUGCAAGCUUUGCGGUAAUAAGUACAAGAACAGCAAUAGCUUGCGAGUACACUCGUAUCUUUAUCACAACGCGCAGAGGAAUAAAUCUAGCGGUGGUGGAAAGUCACCUGUCGUAGGUGGAAACGUUUGAUAAUUGUC